AAUCAGGCCCCGAGCCGAUUCCGGGAAGCUGGUGAAGCCGGGGUGUUUGUAGUAGAGGCUUUCUCCUGUUCUCGGUGCCGGAGCCAGGGGAAGGGAGAUCAUAGCAAUGGUCAAAAGCAUGUUCGGCGGUGACAAACUGAGCAGGGCUGCUGCGCAGGGUAACUGGCGAGAGGUAAAACGUCUUCUGAACGAAGAGAAGGUGAAUGUGAACGCGGUUAAUAAAUACGGACAGACCGCACUGCAGGUGAUGAUGAUGGGGUGUACCUUUGUUGCAGAGGAGCUACUGAAGAAUGGAGCGGACCCCAAUGUCCAGGAUAAAAACGGCUUUGCCCCAGCACACGACGUAGCCCGCAGUGGUUUCUUGGAUACCAUGGUGGUCCUGAUGAAGUACCAAUCUGAUGUAAACUUGGAGGAUGCCUCGGGCUGUCUACCAAUACACCUGGCUGCCCAACAGGGCCACCUAAAUCUUGUGCAGUUCCUGGCUCCCAGGUCAUGCAUUUGGCAUAAGAACGGCAGAGGGCAGACCCCACUUGAUGUGGCACGGGUUUCGGGCAGAACUGAAGUGGUGGAAUGGUUGGAGCAAGUAAUACAAUCCCAAAGCUCACAGUGAUUUCCCCAGCUGCUGGGACACCAACGUUUCCUCAAUUUAACCUCCUCAAAGCAUGGUCUACUCCGUAUUGCACUGUUAAUUCCAUUUUUUUUUUAAAUUUUUACGUCGCUCCUUGGGUCUUGAACUAGAGUGGAAGCUCUUCCACCCCCAAAUUUUGGUGGCCAUCUUGCCCCUAAAAGUAGCCAAAUAACUUAAUCAUCGAUGAGCAGAUUUCUUUCUUUACUUAUGCCACCUUAUCGUUGUGUAAAUUCAAAUGGGAGCUACAAUGAACAGCGCAUGAGAGUUUGCAUGUGUGGCCUCAGGAGCUCUAGGCAUUGCAGAGGCUCAGUCUGCAGUGAUCAAUUCCACAGACUUGGUAUUUGGAAACGUGCACCUUUAGAAGGCUGCUUGGGUGGAAGAGAACUCUGGUGCAUGGGCAGAGAGCACAGCUGGGAGCUGUGGUCACUGGAUCUGGAGAUCAGCACUGAACCACGAGAUCUCAGAGACUUGGGGUGCGUGGAGGGUGAGGGAGGUGUGGAAUCAGUUGUUCUGCCCAGGUGGCCUCAGUAAGAGUGCCUCAGGGAAAAGAGUGUCUCUGAAAUAGGAAUAACCCAUAUACAAGGGGAGUUAAAGAUCCAAGGCUUCAUUUUGUUUUAACCAGUGAGUGUUUACAUUGAUUUAAAGUACUGUAAAAUUAAGUUGUGCUUUACAAUUUUUUGAAGUUAAAAUGGUUUAUUAUUUUGUGUUUCCUUUUCAGUUCUUGAAAGGAAACAGAACAGUUAAUGUAGCAAUGAACUUGCCCUGAGUGCUCUAGUGAUUCAUAAAUGAGUGUGUUUUCAUUUAUUUUUUUUUAAGAGUUAUUGUCCCCAUUGACUUAAAUGCACCCUUUUUUCUGAAACAAAUUUAAGAGUAUGUUUAUCUUUAGAAGAUAUGGUGAAGCACUUAAAUUUCUGGGUGUGAUCUAUUUGAGCAACAUUGCACAUACACAAGGCAUGUUUGCAGAUUUCACAGAACAGGAACUGUAUACUAAAGUGUGGAUGGGGUGUGAAUGACAAAACAAACAAAUUCUAGAAUCUCAGAGUUAUGGAUGCAUAACAUGGCUCUUUGGAUGUAUAUGGAAGCAGAGACAAGUUUAUCCGGAUUGAAUAGAUACUAAGGGGAAUCCACUAACCAGUUUUACACAACUACAAUGAUGGAAACAUCCCCACUGGGUGAAGAGCAGUCCUGGGACCUGUUUUAAUUCUUGCCACUUACUUUAUGCAUCAGACUAACAGCAUCUUUAGAUUUCGUUUAGUUGAUGGCAUGUGGAAGCUGAAAGUUUGAAGCUUAAAUUUUCACACAGAAAGAUUCAAUUUUCCUCAAAACUGAUACUGUGGGCAACACAUUGUUGAAAGCACUCUAAUGCAGACAGUGAAAUCCAGUCAACAUUUCAAAUCUUCUGUCCAUAGUGUUACUGUAAUUGUUGUGAUCGAGAGUCUAUUAAACUUGUAAUAGUGCAAGGGUGUGCCCACAGAUGUAGUUACCUCAGCCUAAUUUCCAUAUAAGGUGUGUGUCAUAUGCAAAACAAGUCGAGUAUUUUUGUUGCCCAUUUAUUGCCCACAGGCUGAAGACUUGGCAAGUGGUUUCUUCCCCUGGAAUUGUAUCUGCCUUGGAGGAGACAAAGGUAGAGAACUCCCAGAACAGGUUAAGCAAUCUGAUCUUGUCCAAGGUCUACCCCAAGAAUGACACAAAUGAGCUCCUCUCCACUUGGAUGGGGAGGAUGGGAACCAUUCUUGCUUCCUCCUCCUGUCAGAUGAUCUUUUGGAAAGAAGGGGAACAGUUUAAAUGAAAAUUGACAAAGAUAAAGAGAUAAUGUUCCCAUAUUUUGCUUAAAUCUUUUAUUCAAAUUGUUGAUUUAAUUUCCUUGUACUUUUGUGUCGGGGUGACAAAAUGCUGAAGUAAAAACUUGUGGUCAACCUGUUGCUCUAGUGUGCUCUUAUCAAGAAUCUGUGUGGUUUCUCAUCCAUCUCUCCAACCUCAAAAGUUCCAAUAUCACCUUGUCCGUGACAAGCAAUUAAUCAGCUUAUGGCUUUUCCUGUGGCUGUAUUCAUUCAGCUUUCACCUUGCCUGCUUUGUCUAUCACACAUAAACAUUCUCACUCCUGGGUCAGAUGGUUGUGGGAUCAAGCACUAACCCUCAGACCUGAGCACAAAAAUCCAGGCUGAUAAUUCAGUGAGAGUAGGCUGCAUCAUUGAAGGAGCCUCAGCUUAUAUUGCAGACAGGUGAAGGUAAAAGGUUCCAGGAAAUAUUCUGAAGAGGACUGAAGUUAGCCCUCAGGUCCUAGGCACUAUUUACACUUACUUAACAUCACUAAAACCUGAUUAUCUGGCCACAUUGUUCAUGAGAUCCCACUGUGUGCAAAAUGGCUGCUGCAUUUCCAAUAUUUUAACAGCGAUGCUUUAAAAUUCUAUUCUUGCCCAUAGGACAAUUUAGAAGCCAUGGGAAAUUCCACAGAAAUUUUGCCUUUGGAAACUUUUCUUGUGACGUAUUACUAGGAGCCUUAUCAAUUUCUUUCCUUAUUGGAGCUCCUCAUUUGUAUCCAUUUUAUGUGCAGGGCUGGGAUGUUUUUGGCUUUACUAGUGCAGUUUCAAAGUGUUGCUGUUGUUAUUGUUCAGCACGAGUUUGAAGUUUUGAAAUCUAUUUAUCAUUUGCAUAGAUCAUUAACUUAAAGGUCCUUGACAUUGAGAAUAAGGGCAUGGGGCUGCCUGCCGGUUAAGACAAUCCCAAGUAGAUGGUCCCUGUGGAAAGUGAGGAAUCUGAGUUGGGAAUGUUCUGAAGACUUUAUAGGUUGAUGUUGCACAUGUAAUUAUAUUUAUGAAGUUGAAUUUAUUGUUGAGUGGAUUAUAAUUUUUAAAAUUGCAAAUAAAUUAUA